CUGUGGUUGGGUAACCGACGAUCCGCUCCGUGUUUUCCCGCAGACCAUCUGUGGCCCAGCUGAGGUGACUGGCAGGACUUGUUUACUGGUGGAGAGCUUUGCAGAAAGAGAGACGGAAAGAGGGGGAACCUGAGGGAGAGCAACCGCUAAACGGAACGGGAAUCCAAGUUUUUACACUUGACCCGUCUUUUUAAGUCUUUUUAUGUUUGUUUACCUCAUUGUUUUUUGACUAUCGCAGACGGGAUACUGACUUAGUUUGUGUGUGUGCUAUUUUUUUUUAUGUUUAACCCCAUCGCCGAAACUGAAACCUCGUUUGUUUUGGAUUAGCUAGCUAACGUUAGCUGCUUUUCCCUAUCAGCUAACGUUAGUCUGAGAGAAAGAAACAGGCGGCGUGGUGGAGUUUUCUCACUUCAUAGCAACGUGCGGGUUAAACGGAGAUGUUAUUUUUGUCAUUUCCCCCUCCACGGUGGAUGGGAAAGAAGUAACGUUUACCUCCCAAGUUUCCCUUUUUUGUUUUCUUUCUCCCGUUUUGCCGUUUUAUGGGUGCUCAUUCGUUUGCGGCGUGGUGGUCAACGGGGAUGAAGGAGUUCAGAGGAAGGUCGUAGUAGGGAAAGCUGUACCGCUGCACGUUUUUCCUGCACGUAGCUGCUCGGAGGAGUUUCCUGGGAUGUGCUGCCAUCUGUUUCAAAAGGACGAGCUUCUGAGAAUAUACUAGAAAACAGGGCUACUAUAAAGACCUGUGGACUUCAAAGGAGAGAACGCAAACCCUGCCAUCUCCCUUUCUUGGCUCUGCAUUUGGCGAUAUCCAAAACUUCAGCUCAUGUGUGCUGGAGGAACAGAAGAGGAGGCAGUUUUUCUUUUUUAAACGCUGUGCAUAGGGAAUAUACUUCUUACCAGUUGUUUUUGAAGUGUGUCGUCCUUUAUUGGAGCAGUGCAUUACAGAGAAAUGAGCCCAGGGCCAGUGGACUUCCUUUGGGGACCUCCAAACUAGCCCUCUUGCGUGUGGGAUAUUAAUAAAAAUACUGUUAUUUCUCUAUUGAUUCAGUGGAGCACCACAAUCAAACAGAUGAACGCGGACUGUCGCCGUCACUUAUGAAAAAUGAAGAUCUUUACUCGCACAUGUGUGGCCAGAACCCAAGAUCACGUAAUUUAGUGGACUGUAUUUUUUUCCCAGGGCUCGCAUACAUCACAAACUUGUCUGGGAAGAUACUCCUAGAUGUAUUACUCCCCCCGGCUUACGGGGGGCAACGUUGAAUCAGUUGGCUAUAUUGGACCUUAAUUUUUAAAGAAUUUGUUCAAUACUUUUGAUAUUCCAACGCAUUUUGAAAUAAACAUUUCUCCUUUAAGAUUUUUUUUUUGAGAAGCUUCAAGAGGAGAGCACAGCUUAUCUUCAAGUCAAAAUGAGACGGUGGACGCUAAAGCUGCGAGCACAAAUUGUGUUUUUUAUCAUCGGCACCUGCAUUAUAUGCCAGUGUGGACUAAUACACGGAGAAAUCUGCCAGAACAAGGACAUCCGGAACAAUGUGACCAACCUCCAGUCGUUGGAGAACUGCACCAUCAUUGAGGGCCACCUGAAGAUUCUGCUCAUGUUUAAGACCAAGACCGAGGACUUCCGGGGUCUCAGCUACCCAAAGCUUCGAGUGGUGACCGACUAUGUGCUGCUGUUCAGAGUCUACGGCCUGGAGACCCUCAGCGAUCUCUUCCCCAACCUGACGGUGGUCCGCGGAAACAACCUCUUCUUCAACUACGCUCUUGUGAUUUACGAGAUGCUGCAGAUGAAGGAGGUGGGCCUCCACAGCCUCAUGAAUAUCACCCGGGGCGCAGUGAGGAUCGAGAAGAAUCCAGACCUGUGUUACCUGGCCACCCUGGACUGGUCCAAGAUCCUGGAUACGGUGGAGGACAACUUCAUCGUAGCCAAUAAGAAUGACAGAGAGUGUGGAGAUGUGUGUCCCGGCACGGCCCAAGGUCAGACCAUCUGCCCACAGAACACCAUCAACGGACACUUCAGGGGACGAUGCUGGUCACAGAACCAUUGCCAGAGAAUGUGCUUGGACAACUGUAAGCAUAGUGCGUGUAGCCUCCAGGGCCAGUGUUGCCAUGACCAGUGCCUGGGCGGCUGUUCGGAGCCAGGUAAUGCAAGUAGCUGUGUGGCCUGCAGGAACCUCCAGCAUGGGAAUACCUGUUUGGAUAAGUGUCCUCCUGGAUACUAUGUCUUCAGGGGCUGGCGCUGCGUCAAUUUCUCUUUCUGCCAGGAGCUCCACAACCAGUGUAAGCAGACUAAGAAGUUGAACCAGGACCGGGAGUCGGGCUGCUACGAAUAUGUCAUCCACAAUGGGGCCUGUAUUCCAGAGUGUCCUUCUGGAUACACUACUAUCAACUCCACCACGUUGACCUGUUCGCCAUGUGCAGGCCUGUGUCCUAAACUGUGUGUGGGAAAUAAGACGAUUGACUCGGUAACUUCAGCCCAGGCUUUGAGAGGCUGCACUGUACUCCAUGGCAACAUGAACAUCAAGAUUCGAGGAGGGAAUAACAUUGCAGCUGAGUUGGAGGCUAGUUUGGGCCAAAUUGAGGAAAUCACAGGUUCCCUGAUUGUUCGCAGAGCCUAUGCCCUGGUGUCCCUCUCCUUCCUCCGCAAACUACGCAUUAUUAGGGGGGAGCAUCUUGAGAAUGAUGUCUUCUCCUUUUAUGCGCUGGACAACCAGAACCUGCGUGAGCUGUGGGAUUGGUCCAAGCACAACCUGACCAUCCAUCGUGGUCGCACGUUCUUCCACUACAACUCCAAACUUUGCAUGUCUGAAAUCCGAAAGAUGGAGGCGAUAACGGGAACCAAGGAGCGCAACCAAAAAAGUGACAUUGCUGUACGCACCAACGGGGACCAAGCCUCCUGUGAGACCAAGCUGCUGAAAUUCACCGUGAUCAAGACCACUUCAAAUAUGAUUAUGUUGAAGUGGGAGCCCUUUUGGCCCUUAGACUUCAGAGACUUGCUGGGCUUUAUGGUUCUCUACAAAGAGGCGCCGUAUAAGAAUGUGACGGAGUUUGAUGGACAGGACGCGUGUGGCUCGAACAGCUGGGCUAUUGCCGAUGUUGAUCCUCCAUCCCGUUCCACGGACAGCAAGAAGGCGGAAGAUCCAGGGCACCUGAUCCGACCAUUGAAGCCCUGGACCCAGUACGCCAUUAUGGUCAAGACCCAGCUGUCUGCAUCUGAUGAGCACCAGGUUAAUGGAGCCAAGAGCGAGAUAAUCUACGUCCGCACCAAUGCCUCCAAACCCUCUGUGCCUCUGGACCCCAUGUCCAACUCCAACUCCUCCUCUCAGAUCAUCCUGAAGUGGAAGCCUCCCACCAAUCCCAAUGGCAACAUCACCCACUACCGCGUCAUCUGUCGGAAGCAGCCUGAGGAUCGGGACCUCUACAAGUUCGACUACUGCCUCCAAGGAAUGAAGCUGCCGUCUCGUACCCCGACCCAUCUGGACAGCGAGGAUGAGCAGAAGUGGAACCACACAGAUGAGCCCAACUCAGGGGGCAGGUGCUGCGCCUGCCCCAAGACAGACAACCAGCUAAAGAAGGAGCAGGAGGAGAUAGAGUAUCGCAAGACCUUUGAGAACUACCUCCACAAUGAAGUCUUUGAGAGCAGACCUUCUCGUCGCCGACGCUCAGUGGGAGUUGCCAAUGCCACCCUACCCUCUUUCUUCCUCACCACAGCCCCCAGUCUGGCAUUCAGUUCCACCACAGCCACCCCAGAAGACAAAGACGAGGACAAGGAGGGAUCUAAGGUGGAGCUGAAAGUGUUCUCAAAGGAGUCUACAGUCAUCUCCAACCUGCAACACUUUACCAGUUAUAAAAUAGAGAUCAUGGCCUGCAACCAUCCAACAGACCUCAAACGCUGUAGCAUGGCUGCUUAUGUCAGUGCUCGAACUUUGCCGGAGGAGAAAGCAGACGACAUCCCAGGCCCUGUGACCCAUGAGAUAGUGAAAGCCGAGCCUCCCUAUGUGUUGAUUAAAUGGAAUCCACCUCGCUCCCCUAACGGCCUCAUCAUCCUGUACGAGGUGUUCUACAGGAAGGUUGGAGACACAGAGGUUCACACAGCUUGUGUGUCAGGGCCAGCCUACAACAAGUCAGGUGGCACGAAGCUUUCGCUUGUGCAACCUGGAAACUACAGUGUGAGGGUCCGCGCCACCUCCUUGGCAGAAAAUGGCUCUUUUACAGAAACCACUCACUUCUUCAUGCCCAAUCCGGAUCAAGGUUUAAUUUGGAUUGUGAUGGGUCCAGUAAUCUGCUUCAUCCUGCUGCUGUUCGUGGGAUGUGGAGUCUUUGUGAUCUUUAAGAAGAGGCAAACAGAAGGCCCGACAGGACCUCUUAUCGCCUCCUCAAACCCUGAGUACAUCAGCACCAAUGAUGUGUAUGUUCCUGAUGAGUGGGAGGUGCCCCGGGACAAGAUCACGGUGCUCAGAGAGCUGGGUCAGGGCUCCUUCGGCAUGGUGUACGAGGGAAUUGCCAAAGACAUCAUUAAAGGAGACCCGGACACACGCGUAGCCGUCAAGACAGUCAAUGAAUCGGCCAGCCUGCGCGAGAGGAUCGAGUUUCUCAACGAAGCCUCCGUCAUGAAGGCGUUCAGCUGUCAUCACGUGGUCCGUCUGUUAGGUGUGGUGUCCAAAGGCCAGCCCACCCUGGUAGUGAUGGAGCUGAUGACCCACGGUGACCUGAAGAGCUACCUGCGUGGUCUCAGGCCGGACUCUGAGAACAACCCCACAGGCCGUUCACCACCUACGCUGAAGGAGAUGAUCCAGAUGGCUGCAGAAAUUGCAGACGGCAUGGCCUACCUCAACGCCAAGAAGUUUGUCCACAGAGACCUGGCAGCCAGGAACUGCAUGGUGGCAGAGGACUUCACCGUCAAGAUUGGAGACUUUGGUAUGACCCGAGACAUCUAUGAGACUGACUACUACCGUAAAGGAGGAAAGGGCCUGCUUCCUGUCAGGUGGAUGGCUCCAGAGUCUCUGAAGGACGGAGUCUUCACUGCUCACUCUGACUGCUGGUCAUUUGGCGUCGUGCUGUGGGAGAUCAAUACGCUAGCAGAGCAGCCCUACCAGGGUCUAUCCAACGAACAGGUUUUAAAGUUUGUCAUGGAUGGAGGAUACCUGGACCGACCAGACAACUGCCCCGAGAGGAUGCACAGCCUAAUGCAGAUGUGUUGGCAGUACAACCCCAAGAUGCGGCCGUUGUUCCACGAGAUCAUCGAGAUGCUGCGGGAGGACCUGCACCCGUCUUUCCAGGAGUGCUCCUUCUUCUACAGCGAGGAGAACAAAGUCCCUGAAACAGAGGAGUAUGACCUGGACCUAGACAACAUGGAGAGCAUCCCACUGGACCCGUCGUCAUACUCCCAGAGAGAGGAGAGCUUAGGCAGGGACAGCGGGCCCUCGGUGGCCCUCAGGGGGAACUAUGAGGAGCAUGUCCCCUACACACACAUGAACGGUGGCAAGAAAAACGGACGAAUCUUAUCGUUGCCCAGAUCCAGCCCUUCCUAACAUUUCCUGUUUCCUAAAAUAACUCGUUUCUGUAUCUCUUAUGUUCCUCUCAUCAUUUUCUAAUGAUUUUCUUAUUCUUGGAGAAGCCCUUCAAAAAAGACACAGAUCUCAGGACUUUUUAUUUUCUUCCUCAUGGCUGCCGCACACAGGCAUGCGAAGGAUGCAAACAUGGUGUAACUCUUUUUUUAACUUCCUCCCACAACACAUGGACUUUCUAUUACCGUAUUACCUAUCUAUUGUUUUUCACUAUUGCCACGUUUCCUGGACUCCUUGUGAUGGAAACGGAGAAAGAAAAAAAACUGUGAACACAACAAACCUUAGACAACCAAGAAGGCUGCUUAUGCUCAACCUCCUCAAGACUUGUCCCUCCUUUUCUCCUCACCAAUCUGUAGUUCCACAUUUCUGUGCUUUGUUUUUUUUUCCCCCUGCAAGUGAAAUCUUGUUACUCAGAGAGUGGCCUUUUUGUAUGUGGCCUAUAAACAAAGAGAAGUGUCUAUCAGCGCUUAUACUAAUUUCCUUUUGAACAAUGACUUAAUCAGUUUGGAACGGUGGGAUGUCUUUCAAAGACUUGAUCAUAGAACAAACAUCUAUUCCUAGAGGAAUGUGUUCUUUUUGUUUGUAUUUUUUUGGUUCUGCAGAAUUCCAAACUACACACAGAUUUGUUGGGUGUUUGGUGAAUAGUUUUAAUUUAUUUGCUUUUAUUAUUAUUUUUUCUUCUCUUUUCCUCUUCUCUUUCUCAGUUUUAUCUCUGUGUCCUCACUAUUAUGGCUGAAGGAUAUUUAAACAGUUAAGAAUUGGACAAAAGAGUUCCUCAGACUGACCAAUAGCUGCUGCUUUGAUAUAUUUUAGUGGGUAUAGAAUUAUAUAAAUAUAUAUAUAUAUAUAUAGUAUAUAUGGAAUAUUGGUAUUUAUGUACCAAUAUUUCAUAUAUAAUAUAUGACAUUUUGAUGUUUUUGUAAAUAGUUCAUAUUUGUAAUAUUUUUCAUCAGAAGCUUUGCUAGUAUUUUGUUUUGCCAGGUUAUUUUUCUGGUUUUUUAUUUUUCGUAUUUUUAUAGCCCCAGAAAUCACACUAAUCUACCAUCAGUGCUCUCUUUGUCUUAGGCCUCCAGUUCCCCAGUGCUCUCUUUCCAUGUGGAUGGGAAAGGAGAAAGACCCAAAAUAUUGUCCACUCACCUAAUCAUUUUUUUUUUUUUGUAUAAAUGUUGUUCCCACUGAGAGCUGCCAAUAUUUGUAGGCAACUUUACUACAACAAUGGAAAAAAACAAACAAUGAAAUAACCAAAAAAAAAGAAAAAAGCUUUAUAAAAGGGGAAUGAGGUAUUUCUAGGUGAAAGUGCACCUGAUGUGUGUUUGUCUCUCUGUCUGCGGUCUCUCUCUGGUCAGAUCACACUGUAGCUGAGCUCUUCAUGUGUUUGUUAUCGCAGGUUUAUUAUGUCCUUCACGUGAUUGUGCUGGUCGUCAGUGAGGCUAGAGAGUGUGGAGAGCUUGUCCUUUGCCUGGUGAUUGUACUUCCUCAUGUUGGCGUAACAGUGAUGGUUUUUCAGUCGGUGCUGCUUGGAUCAGGGCAGGGUGGGGAAUUAACACCAGCUCUAAAACAAAUGCAAGUGAAGUAAAAUGAUGAGGCCCUUUUGUAAAAAAAAAACAAAACAAAACAAAA